AUGACGGUAUCGCAACAGCGCCCGCAAGAAAUAAUUUACGACGAAGAGUCACAUCGCCAGAGACGCACCAAGGAAUCCAAUAUAUGGAAUAAAGUAGAUGAAGUGGGACCACUGGUCUUUGUCUUGGCUAUUUUACUUGCUGUGAUUUUGUUCUUCGCAACCGGAUACACAUUAUAUAGGAUACUUCCUCCUCUGCACGAUUAUUCCAUGGAUCGCUAUCUCGAAACACUGCGCGAGCUUGUCAAAAUUGUGAAUGAACUGGAGGCUGGCGCGGCCGCUAAGAAGGGGUGCUGGUGAUGGCCGG